UCCGCGCCCGUCCGCAGCGCGCGGCCGGCAUGGCGACGCGGAGAAGCGCCCCGGGGGCGCGGGCGCGGGAGCGGGAGGGUCCUCAUGCCCCCGCCGCAGGAAGUGACCAGGUUCACUCCUGGAUGCUAGCCACCAGCCAGGCUUUGGGUACUGUGUGGAGACUAGCGAAGGGGUCAGUGGUGUUGGCAGCGGCUUGUCUGGUGGCCGCCCUUUGCUACUGCCGGAGGAUGCACUGUGAUUUAGGGCACUGGCUGAAAUGGUGGAUUGGCUAUCUGCAGAGAAAAUUCAAAAGGAACCUCAGCGUCGAGGCUGAGGUUGAUCUGCUCAGUUACUGCGCAAGAGAGUGGAAAGGAGAGACGCCGCGCGCCAAGCUGAUGAGGAAGGCUUACGAGGAGCUGUUUUGGCGGCAUCACAUCAAAUGUGUCCGACAAGUGAGGAGAGACAACUAUGAGGGACUGAGGUCAGUGCUGUUCCAGGUCUUCAGCCAGGGCCUCUCCUUUCCGUCCUGGAUGAAGGAGAAAGACAUCGUGAAGCUUCCUGAAAAACUGCUCUUUUCACAAGGUUGUAAUUGGAUCCAGCAAUACAGUUUUGGUCCUGAGAAGUAUACAGGCUCCAAUGUGUUUGGAAAAUUACGUAAAUGUGUGGAAUUAUUGAAAACACAGUGGGCUGAAUUUAGUGGAAUUAAAGAUUACCACAAGAGAGGAAGUAUGUGCAACAUCCUUUUUUCUGAUGUUCUUCUGGAAUAUAAACUAUAUGAAGCUUUAAAGUUUAUCAUGCUCUAUCAAGUCACUGAAGUUUAUGAACAAAUGAAGACUAACAAGGUCAUUCCCAGUCUUUUUCAACUCCUGUUUGCCCGGGAAACAUCAGCGGACCCUUUAAGCUUCAUGUUGAACCACCUGAAUCCUGUGGGCGACACAUGUGGACUGGAGCAGAUCGAUAUGUUUAUUCUUGGACACUCCCUUGAAAUAAAAAUCAAAGUGUUCAGACUGUUCAAGUUUAACUGCAGAGACUUCGAGGUCUGCUACCCAGACUUGCCGCCCAGGGAGUGGCCAGAGAUCUCCCUGCUGACGGAGAAUGACCGCCACUACCACGUUCCCGUCUUUUAAGUCUGGUGUGGACUGGGCACCAGCUCUCACCAGUGACAGCAGGCACACUUUCAAGGAAAGUCCAGUGGGAAAACCAAAGGUAGCGUUGCAGUCCCUGAAAGGCUGAGGACCUUCUUCUCUGGAGUGGCAGGUGCGCUGGACACAGGGCUGCGUGGAUGGCAUGUCUUUGUUUUCCAGCAAUUUCCUCCAGACCAGCCUCACUAAUAUUUGUGGGUUGAUGGUUUGACCUUGUUCAUAUGGGCUCUGGUCAUUUCACAUGUGGCAGGCUUUUCAGGGCACAAGGACCUGCAAAUUGGGCAGUACAACAGGAAAAAAUCGAGAAGAAAAGGGAAAAAGGACUAACAGGAAAGACUUUGCCUCUAACCUUGAUGUUCUCGUUAGGAACCUUGUCUUUGACUGAUUUUGGAUCUUCAUAAGUGUGGCCUUAUUUUAGAAGCAUUACCUUCCCCAGAAUCUUUAUGGUAUAUUGAUUUUUCUAGAACCACUUGAUUAACUGUAAAGUCAUGUGUGUGUUUGUGUGUGUGUGUGUGUGUACACACAUAUACACGUGUGUAUACGUUGUAUAGUUUUGUAUGUACAUAUAUGAACACAUACACAAAUAAUCACUACUUUGUAAUGUUGUACAAUUUGUUUUAUAUCGCUUUACGUUUUUUUGGUUACCUUUGCAUCUGGCCAGUCCAAUCUGUUUUAUAUGGGUAAAAAAGAUUAAUUCUGUAGGUUAAGGCAACUGAAUGACAAUUAUUGAACUAUUACAAAACAUUAAACUGUGGUGUAUUUAUUUACAUGUGUAUUUAACGUGUGGUAACUAGAAUCAUGCCGCCCCAACCCCCACCACAUCUAUGUCCUAAUCUCCAGAACCUGUGGAUACGUUGGGUUAAAUGGCAAAGAAGAAUCAGGUUGCAGGUGGAAUUAAGGUACUAAUCUGACCUGGAAAUGGGAAGGUUAUUCUGGGUUCUCUAGGUGGGCACAGUAUAAUUCCAAUGGUCCUUAAAAACGGGGACGAGGGAAUUGGAAGAAUGCCAAGGCCAAAGGGAAAUGUGAAAUACAGAACAGAGAGAGACAACAUUUCUGGCUUUGAAGAUGGAGGAAGGAGCCACGACCCAAGGAUUGGGGGUGGCCUCUGAAAACCAGAAAAGGCAAGAGAACAGAGUCUUCCCUAGAGCCUCCAGAUUUUAGCCCAGCGCAGCCUGUGUCAGAUCUCUAGCCCACAGAACUAGAAGAUAAUGCAUUUAUGUGGUUUAAGUCACUAGGUUUCUGGUAAUGUGUUAGAGCAACAGUUGACAACUAAUAAAUUCAAGCUAACUACUUUUUAGCCAUCUUUAUUUCAGAAAUAGUUUUCUAGUUUAUUUUGUUAAUCUUUAUUUUGAAGGUACUUUGCUGGUCUGUCUUGAAUUUCAAUAAAUACAAAAUAACUUUUAAAACCUUG